UCCAGCUACUAGAGUUUGCCCUGACUUCUUAGCUUGUGGCCUCCAGCCAGCCAUCAUAUCAGUCUGACCUCUGCUUUUAGACUCCUUUUAACUCUUCACUUGUAAGGUCUCUUCCCAUUGAACUGGUUUACCCAGAUAAUCCAGGAUAAUCUCCUUAUCUCAGAAUCCUCAAUUUAAACACACCUGCAAAGUCUCAUUUUUCAUGUAAGAUUUUGUGUACAAGUGCUUUGGAAAAGAUGGCUGAUAUCACCCUCAAGGAAAUAACCUUAAUAGUAGGUGUGGUUACUGCCUGCUAUUGGAACAGCCUCUUUUGUGGUUUUGUUUUUGAUGAUGUGUCAGCAAUACUGGAUAAUAAAGAUCUGCAUCCAUCUACACCUUUAAAAACUUUAUUUCAGAAUGACUUCUGGGGAACCCCUAUGUCUGAGGAGAGAAGUCACAAGUCUUACCGUCCCUUAACAGUCUUGACAUUUCGCCUAAAUUAUCUGUUUAGUGAACUGAAACCGAUGUCAUAUCAUCUCCUAAAUAUGAUUUUACAUGCUGUGGUCACUAUAAUAUUUCUUAAAGUCUGCAAACUUUUUCUGGACAGCAGAAGUAGUGUGAUUGCUUCUUUACUUUUUGCAGUACACCCAAUACACACAGAAGCAGUAACGGGUGUUGUAGGAAGAGCAGAACUUUUGUCGUCUAUCUUUUUUCUAGCUGCAUUUUUGUCAUAUACCAAAUCUAAAGGACCGAAUAAUUCCAUAGUAUGGACUCCAAUUGCAUUGACAGUGUUUUUAGUGGCUGUUGCAACAUUGUGUAAAGAACAAGGAAUAACAGUUGUGGGAAUUUGCUGUGUGUAUGAAGUAUUUAUUGCUCAGGGGUAUACUUUACCAUUAUUAUGUACUACUGCUGGACAGUUUCUCCGUGGCAAGAGUAGUAUUCCAUUUUCUAUGCUGCAGACAUUAGUAAAACUCAUUGUUUUGAUGUUCAGUACAUUAUUACUGGUUGUGAUUAGAGUCCAGAUUAUUCAGUCUCAACUUCCAGUGUUCACCAGAUUUGAUAACCCAGCUGCUGUAAGCCCAACUCCUACGAGGCAGCUAACUUUCAACUACCUCCUUCCUGUCAAUGCUUGGCUUCUAUUAAAUCCUUCAGAUCUCUGCUGUGACUGGACCAUGGGAACAAUACCACUUAUAGAGUCAUUUCUAGAUAUUCGAAAUGUUGCCACAUUUACUUUCUUUUGUUUUUUGGGAGCUUUGGGAGUAUUCAGUCUCAGAUAUCCCAGUGAUUCCUCCAAAACUGUUUUAAUGGCGCUUUGUUUAAUGGCAUUACCAUUUAUUCCUGCAUCGAACCUUUUUUUUCCAGUUGGAUUUGUUGUUGCUGAACGAGUAUUAUAUGUUCCUAGCAUGGGAUUCUGUAUUUUGGUAGCCCAUGGAUGGCACAAAAUAUCAAACAAAAGUGUAUUUAAAAAGUUAUCCUGGGUUUGUCUGUCUUUGGUGGUAUUCACUCAUGCCUUAAAAACAAUCCACAGAAAUUGGGAUUGGGAGUCUGAAUAUACCUUGUUUAUGUCAGCCUUGAAGGUAAAUAAAAAUAAUGCCAAAUUAUGGAAUAAUGUGGGUCAUGCUCUGGAAAAUGAAAAGAACUUUGAGAGAGCUUUGAAAUACUUUCUACAGGCUACCCAUGUUCAGCCAGAUGAUAUUGGUGCCCACAUGAAUGUAGGAAGAACUUAUAAAAAUUUAAAUAGAACCAAAGAAGCUGAAGAAUCUUAUAUGACAGCCAAGUCACUGAUGCCUCAAAUUAUUCCUGGUAAAAAAUAUGCAGCCAGAAUUGCCCCUAACCACCUAAACGUUUAUAUUAAUCUGGCCAACCUGAUCCGAGCAGAUGAGUCCCGGCUAGAAGAAGCUGAUCAGCUGUAUCGACAAGCGAUAAGCAUGAGGCCCGACUUCAAACAGGCUUACAUUAGCAGAGGAGAAUUGCUUUUAAAAAUGAAUAAACCUUUCAAAGCAAAAGAAGCAUAUCUUAAAGCACUAGAGUUGGACAGAAAUAAUGCAGAUCUUUGGUACAACUUGGCGAUUGUUCAGAUUGAACUUAAAGAACCAAAUGAAGCUCUUAAAAACUUUAAUCGUGCUUUAGAACUAAAUCCAAAACAUAAGCUAGCAUUAUUCAAUUCUGGUAUAUUAAUGCAAGAAUCAGGUGAGGUUAAGCUCAGACCUGAAGCUAGAAAACGACUUUUAAGUUAUAUUAAUGAAGAGCCACAAGAUGCUAAUGGUUAUUUCAAUCUGGGAAUGCUUGCCAUGGAUGACAAAAAGGACUCUGAAGCAGAGAUGUGGAUGAAGAAAGCCAUAAAAUUACAACCUGACUUCAGAAGUGCUUUGUUUAAUCUGGCUCUGCUGUAUUCUCAGACUGCAAAAGAAUUACUGGCUUUGCCAGUUUUAGAAGAGUUACUCAAAUACUAUCCUGAUCAUAUCAAGGGUCUCAUUUUAAAGGGAGACAUUCUGAUGAAUCAAAAGAAAGAUAUACUUGGAGCAAAAAAAUGUUUCGAAAAGAUUUUGGAGAUGGAUCCAAGGAAUGUGCAGGGAAAGCACAAUCUUUGUGUUGUUUAUUUUGAAGAGAAAGACUUACUAAAAGCUGAAAGAUGUCUGCUUGAAACAUUGGCAUUAGCACCACAUGAAGAAUAUAUCCAGCGCCAUUUGAAUAUAGUCAGGGAUAAAAUUUCCGCAUCUAGUUUAAUAGAACAACCAAUAUUCCCAGUUAGUAAGACUUCAGGAAACAAAGUUCCAACUGAAAAUGCAAAAGAAAUAAGAAGUGAACCCCGACCCACACAGGUAAUCAAAACAAGUGAUAAUAAAAGUUCAUCUAAAGCCAACAAGCAGUUAGGAAAAGAUACAGACAGUGAGACCCCUCACAAAACAACAAAAGAAAUAAAAGAAAUUGAGAAGAAAAGAGUUGCUGCUUUAAAAAGACUAGAAGAGAUUGAACGUAUUUUAAAUGGUGAAUAGCAUUACUCUUUAUUAUGUGACAGUGGUUUCAAACAACUUCAGACUAUAUCAAUUGAUUGCUUAUGGCAACUUUGAAAAAUAGCAAGGAUUCAUAACAGAAUCAUGAGCUGCCUCUAUGUAGGAUCAAAAUAAGAUUUUUAAACACCUACCUUACACCAGAUUAUGUAUUCUAAGAUACCACAUAGUUUUCUGAGUUUUGGUGAAUAUAGCUGAAAUACUAAAUUACAUGUAGCUAAUUUGUACCUUUUAUUAUAGAAGGAUGAUUCUUCCAGCAGAAUAAUCAUGACUACUAUCAAUUAAAAAUAGUCUGAGGCCUGAAUGAUAAUCCUUUGGGGGCAAAUCCAAUAUGCUAUUUCAUUCUGUGAAUUCCCAUUUAUUACUGAAUUUAUUUUUCCUUCACCUGUUGAAAUUUGUCUAUGAAUUGAAAACACUUAUUGAACACUUA